CAUGCGCUGCAAAAGUGUUUCAGAACGCGAGGCUGUGCACAAGCAAGGCGUUGGUGAGUGAAACUGUUUUUUAAGAGAAAAAAAAAAGAGAGAAUCAAAGUACAAGGUGGCAAACAAAACACCGGAGCAGUGUGUCUCUACUAGAUGUGUUUUUCAUUGUUUUUGGAGCGCACGCCCCUUUGAGAGCCAGGAGCGGAGGAGGUCUGUUAUUAUUCCAGUUGAUCCUGAGCAGCCCAGCUCCAGACGCUGCUGCGCGCUGCCCCGGACCACAGCUAAUCGACUGCGCUCAUAAAGGAAUGGGUUGUUUUUACGCUGAAGGGGACGGAGCUCUGCUCUAGGUCCACUGGAUCAUGUCAGGGGUACACGCUUCAGAUACGGGACAUUUUUUGGAUCCUGCCAUCAGCGCGCCGCAAGCUCAGGGCGCGACCAACGCGGCGGUGAUCGGCGGCGACGGGGCCGCGCUGCCUCCCACCGCUUCUCAGACAUACUUGGAGGUGUCCAGGGCUGCCCAAGGCUAUGCGGCCGAAGGAGUGUACACCAAUGGACGGUACAGGGAUCAGAGCAGCCCACGGAUCAGGAGUGGCAGUCGUGAUAAUUCCGCGGAGAGAAUCCAGGGAGCUGGAAACGCACCUUGUGGUAUAAUGAAGGAUGGCUCCAAGCAGAAACAGGUCAGGAAGAAAACCGUGUCCUUCAGCUCUAUGCCGAGUGACCGUAAGAUCAACAGCACUGCUGCCUGCAUGGCCUUUAUGUUGGAGGGUUGUGAGAUGAAGAAGGUGCGCUCCAACUCCCGCAUGUACAAUCGCUAUUUCCUGCUAGAUCCUGAUAUGCACUGGCUCAGAUGGGAGCCAUCCAAGAAGGAUUCAGAGAAGGCCAAACUGGAAAUCAAGAGUAUCAAGGAAGUCCGUUUGGGGAAAAAGACUCCAGUUCUCCGCAGCAAUGGUCUCUCAGAUCAGUUCCCCGAUGAGUGCGCCUUCUCAAUCAUCUAUGGAGAUAAUUAUGAGAGUUUAGAUUUAGUAGCCAGUACGGCAGAUAUUGUCAGCACAUGGGUGAUGGGCUUAAGAUACCUGGUGUCUUACGGUCGCCACCCUGUCGACAUGGCAGAACCUAGUCAACCAAGCUUAAGAACAUCUUGGAUUGGUUCAGUUUUUGAACUGGCGGAUAUGGAAAAGGGAGGACACAUAGACCUGUUCAGAGCAACCCAGAUAAUCAAGGGGCUUAAUCCUGGAAUGAAAGAGUCAAGGAUAGAGCUAAAGUUCAAAGAAUUACAAAAAGCUAAAGACCAAUAUGGAGAAGCAAUUAAUUUGGACACUUUUGUGGAGGCCUAUUGUGAGCUCUGCACACGGCCUGAGAUUUUUUUUCUGCUUGUUCAGUUUUCUAGUAAUAAAGAGUACUUGGACAGUAAAGAUCUGAUGCUAUUCGUAGAGGUGGAGCAAGGUGUGGAAGGAGUUACAGAGGAAAUGUGCAGGGAUAUUGUUCAGAAAUUUGAGCCCUCUGCCAAAGGUAGAGAAAAAGGCUACCUCUCCAUUGAUGGUUUCACACACUACCUCCUGUCCUCUGAAUGCCAUAUUUUUGACCCUCAGCACAAAAAAGUGUGCCAGGAUAUGACUCAGCCUCUAUCUCAUUACUAUAUCAACUCCUCCCAUAAUGCCUCCCUCCUUGAUGACCAUUUCUGGGGUUCAUCAGACAUCAGCAGCUACAUCCGAGCUCUGAGGAUGGGUUGUCGAAGUAUUGAGGUCAUUGUAUGGAACGGUCCGGAUAAUGAACCAGUGGUAUAUGUUGGAAGUUCUGUGGCUACUCAGCUGGCUUUUUCUAAAAUUCUGGAUAUUAUAAACCAAUAUGCUUUUGAAAGCUCUGAGUAUCCCCUUAUUCUCUGCUUGGUGACCCACUGUUAUAUCCCCCAGCAGAGGGUAAUGGCUCAACACUUGAAGAAAAUUCUUGGGGAUAAGCUGUAUGCUGAGUCACCCAACAAAGAAGAAAACUACCUACCCUCACCCGAAAAACUUAAAGGCAAAAUACUCCUAAAGAGUAAAAAGCUGCCACCCAGCUGCACUGAAUCUGAGGGGGAUGUAACGGAUGAGGAGGAGGGCCUGGAAAUGUCUCGCCGAGUUGGAGCUGAUGAGAAGGACCAACUGAAUGGUAUGGGAUGCAAAAGACUCAGGCUGUGCCGGGAGCUUUCUGACCUUGUGUGUCUGUGCAAGUCAGUACAGUUCAGGGACUUUGAACUUUCUAAGAGGGAACAGAAAUACUGGGAGAUCUGUUCCUUCAAUGAGGUAGAUGCAAACAGAUUCGCCAACGAAUUUCCAGAGGAAUUUGUGAGUUAUAACAAGCGCUUCCUCUCCAGGGUAUACCCCACAUCUAUGAGGAUUGAUGCCAGCAAUAUGAAUCCACAAGAUUUCUGGAAAUGUGGCUGUCAGAUUGUGGCGAUGAACUACCAGACACCGGGCUUGAUGAUGGACCUUAACCUUGGCUGGUUCAGACAAAAUGGAAACUGUGGAUACGUUUUGCGUCCUGCCAUUAUGAGGGAGGAGGUUUCCUACUUCAGUGCCAAUGCGCGGGACUCCCUACCAGGAGUUUCGGCACAACUUCUCCACAUCAAAGUCAUCAGUGGACAGAAUCUUCCAAAGCCUCGGGGCUCUGCAGCCAAGGGUGAUGUGGUUGAGCCUUACAUAUAUGUAGAGAUCCAUGGCAUACCAGCAGACUGCGCCGAACAAAGAACCAAGACAGUUUCCCAAAAUGGAGAUAAUCCUAUUUUUGAUGAAAGUUUUGAGUUCCAGAUUAACUUGCCAGAGCUUGCAGUUCUACGCUUUGUGGUGCUGGAUGAUGACUACAUCGGAGAUGAGUUCAUUGGUCAGUACACCAUCCCCUUUGAGUGCCUACAGCCAGGCUACAGACACGUCCCUCUGCAAUCCCUCACAGGAGAGUUCCUGCCCAACACCACUCUGUUUGUUCACGUGGCCAUCACCAACAGGCGUGGUGGAGGAAAGGCACAUAAAAGGGGUCUAUCUGUGAAGAAAAGUAGAAAGGCUCGGGAGUAUACCACCACCAAGACCACCGGGAUCAAGGUAGUGGAUGAACUCUUCAGAGCUUCUACCCAGCCCCUCAGGGAGGCGACAGACCUCAGAGAAAAUGUGCAGAAUGCCAUGGUGUCCUUCAAGGAGCUUUGUGGCCUGACUCCUGCCGCCAACAUGAAGCAGUGCAUCCUGACCGUAUCUACCUGGCUGAUGAACAGUGAACGAUCGCUGAAGGUGACGGUGGACCUGAGCGAGACCUAUCCCACCAUGGAAGCACAGGGUCCCGUGCCUGAGCUUCUACGCAAAGUGCUAACCGCCUAUGACAUGAUGAUCCAAACCAGCAAAACCCUGAUCGAGUCAGCUGAUGUCGUCUACUCAAAGCUCACACAAGCACAACGGGCAGGUCUGGACUUCCAUGAAGAUCUGCAUCGCAUUGGAGUAAAGGAGGGUCUGAAAGGUCGUAAACUUCAGAAGGCCAUGGAAAGCUAUGCCUGGAACAUCACUGUGCUUAAGGGCCAGGCAGACCUUCUGAAACACGCAAAAAGUGAGGCACUGGACACUUUGCGGCAGAUCCACUGUGCAGCUCAGUCCUGCGGCCUCAGUAAAAACGGAGCGGCUUCCCCACAGCUUCCCCACCAUCCUCACCAACAGCCACCACAAGUACAGCAACAGCUUCAGGCCAAGCCCCACCCACAAUCUCUGCUGCUCCACCCACCCAACCCUCCUCUCCAACCCCAGACCUCACUGCAGUCUUAUCUCCACAGCCAUCAACAGCAAUAUCCCCAGCUGCUUUCCCAGCCGCUUUCUGUCCCUACCGUCCAAACUGUUUUAAAACCGCCAGCCUACUCACAUCCUCCACCCUUGCCCACAAAUCAGUUCCAGUCACAAAGCCAGCAGCAGAGGGCGGCAGGACCUCUCAAUACCAUCCCAGAGAGAGAAAAAGAGAUGGUUAGCGAUGGUCCUGCAGGAUCCUGCUGACUAGCAGCCUGUGCCCACAGCGAAUCCCACCCAAAGAGAGACAGAGAAAUAGAGAAGCAGAAGGAUGCUGAAGGUAAACAGCAGCCUAACAAGGAAGGAGAGGUAGAGGUUGUUACAGAGAGAUAUAAAGAAGUGAUGACAGUAAAAAGGAGUCGCCGUAUUCGAAGCGAAACACAAGUCUGAGAAAAUAGAAG